GACUUCUUGCAUUCAAAAAUUAAUAUUACAGUAUUAUCACUAUUUCAGGCUGGACCCUCUCAACCUCCAGAUGAAGAGGACAAUGAUCACAGUGGAUAUAACAGUGGAGACGAGUAUGAACCAUUUGGGUGGAACCUCACAGCAGAUCAAUGGGAAGAUAAAGAGCGAAGGUUUGAAAAGAAGAUGAAAAAGAAAGGUCUUAUGAUCAAGAAGAUGCGAGAAGAUGGGGCUUGUCUGUUCCGUGCCAUUGCUGAUCAAGUCUUUGGUGACCAGGACAUGCACAAUAAUGUUCGAAAGCACUGCAUGGAUUAUAUCGCUCUGAAUGAAGACGCUUUUGCUCCUUUUGUAUCCGAGAACUUCCAGACAUAUGUCCAAAGAAAAAGACGUGAUGAUUGUUUUGGUAACCACGUAGAAUUAGCUGCUAUGUCAGAAAUGUAUAACCGCAUCAUCGAAGUCUAUUGCUACAGUGUAGAACCUAUAAAUAGUUUCCAAGGAAGUCUUCAAACAGAUAAUGAACCCAUUCGAUUGAGUUACCAUAUGGGGACGCACUACAACAGCCUUGUAGAUCCCUUCAAGGCCACCAUCGGUGUGGGUCUCGGCCUUCCUGGCUUUCAACCGGGUCUGGCGGAAAAGAACCUCAUGAAGGAAGCUACCAGACAGAGCGAGAAUGUCCACCUGGAGCAGGUCAGUUUGUGUUACAAACACAGAAAAGAAUCUCGGUUAUUUUUUAAGUUUAGUGAAAUCCUAGCAUAAAGUGGUGUAUGGGAG